UUUGGAAAUGCUAUCUCAUAUGCUAGUGUUGCUGAAGCUGACAGUUCAUCUGGAAUUCAAUUCAAUUUGUCCCUCGUUUGUACAGUUUUUAAUCAUUAUUUUAUGAUAAGUUCAAUUUUAGUGUCCGUUCAUUCACACCUUUACUUGUUUUGUUGUUUAUCUAACAUAAAAUUUGGACAUUGUCAUAAUGCCUGGUUAUCAUUCUAAGUUAGUUAGUCCAGCUCGGAAGAUUGGUAAUAUUGCCUUUCUCACCUUUAAGACCAAAGUUCGUGGACCUAUUACCACAUUGAAUCCGGAAGAUUUGGUUGAUAAUGAGAUGGACAUUAUUGAUGAAGCUUUGCUCUAUUUCAAGGCAAACGUUUUCUUCAAGCAAUUUGAAAUUCAAAGUGAUUCCGAUCGAGUUCUUAUAUACUUAACUCUCUUCAUAACAGAGUGUUUGAAAAAAUUGCAAAAGUGUACUAGCAAAGAUCAAGCUUUACAAGAAGUUUAUUCCUUAGCUGUUUCUAAGUUUGACAUUCCUGGCGAUGCCGCUUUUCCAUUGAAUUCUGUUUAUUCAAGACCAUCAACACUUGAAGAAGCUAAUACAAUGAGAGGUUAUCUAAAUCAAAUAAGACAGGAAACUGGUCAAAGGCUGGUAGAAAGAGUUUUCGAUAAAGAAACUAAUAAACCUUCCAAAUGGUGGAUCUGUUUUGCGAAAAGAAAGUUCAUGGACAUCAGCCUUUCGGGAAGAGGCCAAUAAUUUUUUUAUAUCGAAUCAUCUUAGUCUGUUUACCGUUGUUUCGGUUGUUUUUUUCUAAAACCGCUCAAAAUGUUUUUCGCAAUAAGAAAAACCAAUUUUCAAAUUUAUCUUAAAUAUUAAAAUGAUGAUAUAACACGAAAAA